GCCUGGAGUUCGUUGUUUUAUGAGCAAGAAUGUAUUGUACUCACCUGCUACUCUUUGUGACUAGCCAAAAAGCGCAAUAUUCUAUGCUAUUGCCAUGCAAGGUGAAGAGCGUCAAAAAUACCCCGUCUCGACCUGUAGUUCCAUAUGCAAAGUACCGAGUUGUGAAGAAUAGUAGAAAAACUACCAGAAGCUUUUUUGCAGUAAUGAAUGUUGUAAUUGAUUCUGUUUUUUGUAUAGCAUUUUACCACAAUAACACGAGCAUUUAAAAGAUUGCUUGGUA